GCACUAAUUGCCAGCAUCGUCUCUCUCAAUUAUGACCCCUUUGACUAUUCCCUCGCAGAAUUGCCGGCCUGCAUGUUGUGGUUGUAGUGGUACAUAUAGCCUCGUCGCAUCAUUUCUACUCCUACUUCGUGUAGACUUGGAACGGGCCAUUAGUACGAGUUGGUGUGGUGUGCAUCGCGAUCUAUGGACAUGGACAUGGAGGAGCCUCCCCACCUGUUCCUGUGCCCCAUCUCCAUGGAGCUCAUGGAGGAGCCCGUCACGGUGUCCACCGGCGUCACCUACGACCGCCGCAGCAUCGAGCGCUGGCUCUUCACGUACGGCCGGGCCACCUGCCCGGCCACCAUGCAGCCGCUCGCCAACCUUGACCUCACCCCGAACCACACCCUCGCGCGCGUCAUCUCCUCCUGGCUCGACCGCGGCUCCUCCUCCUCGUCGUCGCCGUCCACGUCGUCGCUGUCGAGUCCGGUCCACGAGCUGGGGACGCCGCUGACGAGGAUGCUGGAGGAGGAGCGGCUGCGGUCGGCGCUGGGCGACCUCGAGCAGACGCCGUUCAAGGUGACCGCGCUCAAGAGCAUGCGGAGCUGCAUGGCGGGCGACGUGGCCAUGCAGAUCAUCUUCGUCGCCUCGGGCGGCGUUGAGGCGGUCGGCCGCGUGAUGGCGCAGGCGCUGGCGGAGAGCGGCGCGGGGGGCGACUUCUCCGCGUUCACGGUGUGCGAGGAGGCCGCGGCGGUGCUCGCCGCGCUCCCGCUCUCCGACGAGGCGUCGGCGGGGCUCGUUCUUGCGCCGGAGUGCCUGAGGCCCGUCAUGGCGUUGCUCCAGCGCGGCAGCGCGGAGGCGAGGUUGCACGCCAUGGACAUCCUCACCAAGAUCUCCAGUGCCGGCGCCGGUGACCACUGGACUGCCGGCAUCGACGUCGACGACGUGCUCAAGUCCCUCCUCGAGCUCCUGUCCGACGAGGUCUCCGCGCGCCUCAGCUCGCGCGCGCUCGACGUGCUCCUGGACGUCGUGGAGCGGUCGCCGAGCGGCCGCGCCAAGGCCGUGGAGGUCGGCGCGGUGCACGUCCUCGUCGAGCUCCUCGUCGUGGACGCCGACGACCGCCACGUCGCCGAGCGGAUACUGCUGCUUCUCAAGCGGCUGUGCAAGUGCCCUGAGGGGCGCCUCGCCUUCGCCGAGCACGACCUGUCGGUGGCAGCCGUGGCGAGGACAAUGCUGCGGGUGUCGGAUCUGGCCACGCAGCUGGCCGUCAAGGUGCUGUGGCUCGUGUCCAUGGUGGCCCAGUCGGAGAAGGUGCUCGAGGACAUGGUGCUCACCGGCGCCGUGGCGAAGCUGCUGGGGCUGCUGCACGUCGAGAGCGCGCCGUCCACGAAGCAAAAGACAGUGAGGAUGGUGAGGAUCCACGGCGUGUUCUGGAGGCAGUACCCUUGCUUCCCAACCGACCUCAAGGAUUACUUGAGGCUGCUCGAUUGAUUUGUUCAUUGGUUUCAGGUAAUCUGCAAGAAAGUGAACGAAAACCGUGAAUUUUCUUAUAGUAGAAAAGUUUUGGAACUAGUCUAUUUGUGAUUAUAAUGUAACGACUAUACGGAUUGUACCUAAAAAUUUUAUGGAAAAUGUACAUGAAACAGCAAGAGCAUCAUUCCCUAUUA